AUGCAACGGGCCUCAAUGGUCACCGGCCACGCUGUCCGUUCACCCUCGUUGGUAUCUGUGGGUGGUGAUGGCAAGUGGCUGGCGUAUGGGUGCGCCCCAGACAUGAUGGUUGUGUGUGCCCUGCAAGACGAAAGCACGGAGCAGCACUCAUUGCGAGAAGAGGACUUUAUUGCUGCAAUGCGGAUCGUGUUUCUCGGGGCUGAAGAAAAGCUAUCGGUGAUUGUGUUACACCAAACAAAAGAACUGUUGUGUAUUGGAACUGCUCAUGAUGGCCUGUACUUGACCACCGCGUCGAAUCCCACUCUUAGUAGCAAAACCACGAGACUCCCAAGGCAAAUCACGGGUGAAAAUGUUUUUUCAGCUUGUUUUAUCGAUGGAUACGAGAAGCUUUCAGACGUACUUGUGGUUUCUUGCGGCUCUCAAGAUCUCUCUAAGGAACGUUUUAAACUAUCUCUGUGGGACGCAAACGCACGGACACUGCUGUGGCGGGGAUCUGCGGAUGCUCUUGAUGCUAUUGUGGCGUUACCAGGCAUCUUUGGAUUUGCCUCCUGCACGCAACGGGAGGUGACGCUGUGGACAGUGAAACCACAUGGAGAGGGUGGGGUCAAUGCGAAUGGGCAUCCGAGUGCUAGUGGCGGCAGGGAAAACACAAGGACAGAAAAGGGCGAAACGACAGUUUUUACGGUAUUGAGCAAAAACUGCAGUAUCGUGAACGAGUUGCGGGAUGCUGAGUUUGUUGCAAUUGUUCCACCCAGAGGAGGUGAGGACUCGCUGACGGUUGUAACCACCGUGGGAUUUUUGGUGUCAUUUGACUGCCGUAAUGGAGCACCCGUCAAGUGGAUGGAUUGUAAAGUGUGCCCCGCCACUGCCGCGUACCGCAUUGCGGACAACAUCAUUGUCUGUGGGUCGUUGGUCCGCUUUUUCUCCUCUGACAAAUGGGAGUUUCACGGCAAGAUCAAACAAAGUGGGCCCUCCACCGUUGUGAGCUUGUCGCUUCUGACACGACUGAUGGACUCGCUAUGCACCGGGGCGGCUGUGUGUGGGAAGGAGCGAGCUGUGUUUUUUUUUAGCGGGGGAGAUAUGUCGCGGUACCGCGUCAUUAGGCCCAUUAGUGGGAACUCGAGGCUGUCGUUUCAUCGAGUUGAUCAGUACACUCCCGUAUUGCCGGAUGAGGGCCCGCUACGCUGGAUCCCCUUAACCGUAGACACGCUCUGUUUGUGGUCUCCACAGCGUUUACGGCUGUAUGACACAAGUCAUUGGAGAAAUUCAAACAUGACUAUUGAAAGUACAUGCGCUGUUCAUCACAGCACUCUUGGGGUGCUGUUGGUAUACGACUCUUCUGCCUACGAAAUUGUUGCGAUUAUGCCCAACUUGGAACGUGAACUUUGCCGUCUUGGCGUCGAUGAGCCUCUUACGAGCCUGGCCAUUCAUGAAGAGGAUCAGUUUGUUAGCCUUUCCUUGGAUAAUAGUUUAUUCUACUUUAAAGGGCAGUGGAAAGCUAAAGAUGAAUUUAUUCUUCAAGGACUGCAAGUGACGCGGUUGACGGGGUUUAAGACGCCGCUGACAAAAUUGGUAUCUGUGGCCGGUGCAGUUUGUGCCGCGUCAACGCAUCUGGUUGCCAACCUAAAGACAGGGAAAAAUGUCAGCAUGGCUGAAGAUAUCAUCUCUUUUGAAGUCACCGGAAGCAUGCUGUUGGUGAUCCAUCGUCACUCCUGCGUGGUGUUAGACCCCGGUACGAUGCAGCGUGUCGGAGAACCUCUGCGAGUGACGGCGCUAAAGGAGGUGGUUGCCUCUCCCAAUGGUGAUCUUGUCGCUUUACGCAGCGAGGGGACACUGUCCGUUGUUUCUCUUAAGGACAGACAGUCGGUGGCCCAACUCCCCCUUCAACGGGACGCAAGUGCUUUUCACUCCGCCAAUAUCAUUUCCGUUGGCUUCACUGCGGACGGGGGUUCGUUGGUGACGUGUGAGUCGAGAGGUCUGGUUUCCGUAUACCGGCUUAGUAAACUGGAGUCCGCGUUGAAAGCUGACGUCAAGCGGGUGCCGCGACAGCAGAGUGAGCACGGUGGCGUGAGGCGCUCGCUUUCAUGUGAUGUUCCAACGAAUACCGAGCUGCAGUCCCGUUUUCAGGAACUCCACGGUUACUACGAAACAACCCGACGCACACAAAAGGAACGUGAGAAAGGCCAAAAGAAGACGAACACUGCGAUGUUGUCAUCUUUAAGACAAAAUUCUACAACGACAACGAGUUCCAGUGGGGUGCUAAUUCUGGCGCGGGGGAACAGCAUUCUUCAGAUACCGUCGGGGUCGGCAGAUCAAAAAAUUCCCUCUUUACGAGGGUGGGAAAACGACGGUGCACCAACGGAGCUGCCAUAUGUCGUUAGCGCCGUAGAAGCACCCGAUGUGGCCGUAACCACCUCUAUGGUGGAGCUGUCGGCUCUUACUUCUAUGGAUACCACGCUGAAUUUCAACAUGCGCACCGUUGCUGAGAGCGAGGCGACGCUGACUCCGUCAAUUACCGCCAACCUCCUCGAAAACGAGCGGGAAAAGGUGAAAUUUGCGGAUGCCCCCACAUACGGAGUGCGAAGUCCUGCACGAAAAGGGCAGCCAUCGAUAAGCCCGACAAAAACACCGGAGGAUGAUGUUGUGAAUAUCGACUCCAAUGAGAACGAAGAACUGCGGCAGCAUUUACACCAGGACCCUGUGGCGUUGAAUGGUGCCCCAGCAAAGUUCCCUUCUGCGGCUUCCAGCUCGUCGAGUUGUGUGAGGGUUCGCUCGUGCGAGAUUCGCGAUGCGCUUAUUGAUCUUGCCGAGGCUUACGAGCAACAAGACCAAGAAGGUGUCGUGAAUGGUGCGGAGAACAUUGAUGCUGAGACGGUGGAGGAGAUGUUUAACACUUUAAGCCGUCUGUAUGCCCGAGUUCAAUCCCGUCAGCCGCGGCGGCCUGACAGCGCCGGCAGCAUCGCCAGCAGUGACAUUUCCUCCGCGUCCUUCAACGUUAUUUUGUCUGAUUUGGAGCGUUUGCGGCAGCAGAACAGUCGUAUCGAAGCGCAAAAUGAAGAAAUCCUCUCGAGGCUCCGAAAAAAGUGA